AUGUGGCUUUAUAUGGACCAAUUCAGCAAGCUUUCUGAGGGUAUCACGAACCAUAAUGAUCCUUGGUUUCGACGUACCCAUGCAAGUCUUCAUUACCAUGUCCAGGGUUUCAUGAGGGUGUCAAGAUAUAUUCGUCUCUUUGGUCAAGCUGAAGUCGGGUACAAACAAUACAGAUACUUGCUUGCUCAAUAUCCAGGAAAUGUGGAUGGCGUGUAUUUUUCAGACACUUACCGCCAAGAACAUGGAUGUACACGUUCUUUUGAGUGCGUGUGGAAGGUGGUCCACUCGCCAUUUGAACGUUGUACCCCCGAUUUGGCAAGGGUUAACCGGAAGUGA